AUGGCUCUGACGAGCGCGGUCGCGAACGCCGCCGCCGCCGUCGCCGCCGCCGGCGCAGGCAAAAAGGCCGCGCAGGUCCAGUUGCAGGCCGAGCUGAACACGGACGAGGAGUGGAACAAGUUCAUGCAAAGAGAUGGACUCCUCGUGGUGGACGUGUAUACGGAAUGGUGCGGGCCGUGCAUCGGCAUGGUGGGCAACCUCAAGAAGAUCAAGGUGGAGCUGGGCGGCGACAACCUGCACCUUGCCGUGGCGAAAUCAGAUACCAUCGAAUGCUUGAAGAGAUUUCGGAAACGCAGCGAGCCUACCUGGAUGUUCAUAGCGGCCGGUCAGCUGCUGAACGUGGUGUUCGGAGCAGACGCCCCUCGCCUCACGAGGACCAUAGAGCAGGAGCUCCAGAAUGAGGAGAAGGCCAAGAAGGGAGAGAUACAGAGACCGCAGAGAGCUCCCCAUGAGCUCACGCCACCAGAACAAGAAGUAGCAACAGCUCAAGCGAAACUGCAAGAAGAGAGGAAGAAGCGUGAAGAAGCAGCCAUAGAGGAAGCAAGACUCGCGCGGAGAGAAGCGCGCGCUAAACGCUUGGAGAAGCAUUUUGAUGACAUCUGCCCCGCGCUCAUCAUGCCGCACGCCCAAAAGAGCUUAAGGAAGGUCGGGGACAUACUUGAGCAAAACGGUGUAAUAGUAGCAGACAAAUGCCCCCUUCUCCUCGGCAAGGACGAUGCCAGGCGCCUAGCAGUCGAGGACCCUGAGCUGAAGCUGCCGGCAGCUCUCGCCGCGCUGGCCGAGCGUCCCGCGCUGUCGCUGCUGCUUAAGAAACUGCCCGAAACUGAGGGGAGCAUCAUCGAAAUAACCCGCCGAGCGCUGUGUGGUGAUGGGUCAGAAGAAGGCGACGCGCCGAAAAAAACAAUGUACGAAGACCUGAGGGUAGACGGCGUACCAGGACUAUUCGUACCUGCAGACAGGCACCAACGAGCCGCUGCAUUGGAUCUGCUGUUCCCUAAGAUGGUAGGCGCAGUGGUGGAGCCACCUACAACCGCGGAGCCUCCACACAUCGCCAUGAUGUUCGGCGCGUGGCAGCGACGGGCCGUGCUGGCGGCGGCGGGCGCGCCGGAUAUUGCACCGCGUGUACUCAAAUAUGGCUUCUUCGCCGACACCGAUGUGAACGCGCCUCGGCUGCUGGCCAAGAACAUCGAGAAGUAUGACGAGAGGACUGAGAAGGACUACUGCGAGACCAUCGUGCUCAUGAUCGCAGUAGGACUGCCAGAGCCGGAGCUAGCCGAGCCCGACACGGAGCUGCCCGACGGGCCGCCGGCGGCGCUGGCGCUGCUGGGCCCGCUGCACGUGAGCGGCGACAGCGUGGCGGGGCAGGCCGAGUGCGCGCGCUUCUUCCCGCCCGGCUACAGCGAGCCCGAGCGCAAGCCCAAGUGCAAGGCCAAGAAGAAGAAGAAGAAGCGUCACGAGAACAAAGAAGAGUCAGCCGGCUCCACCGAAGCCCCGCCCGAGCCUGAGCCCGCGGAGGAGGCGGCCGAGGCGGGCGAGGGCUCCGAGGAGAACGGGGAGGAGCGCACCGGCGACAGCGACAGCGACGAGAACAACGCCGACGACGCGCAGCCCGUCGACAAGGCCACGUCUCCCCCGCCCGCGACGCCGCAUUAAGACCUUUUAAGCCGGGUCCAGUCUGGUGUAAUGUGUAAUGUAAUUCAGAGCGUAAUGUAACACGAAUUCUACGUGUGGACGGCACUAUGAGCAUUACAUGUAAAGUGCUGCCCAUACUAUUUCCAUCACCGGGGAACGAGACGCAAAUUAGCGUACCAUUCCUAUGUUGUCGAAAUUCCACCAGCUCGCACUAAGCGUUUCGAUCACUCUUUUAUAAUUCGAACAGCUAGGGACU